CCAGGGCAGGCCAGUCUAAACAGUUAGGUCCUAAAUAUGUCACAACAGGACUUCUCCGAUGUCGACCGGUCCGUCACAUAGUAACUUGCUCUUCUCGUAGGAACUCUCUCUAAUAUCUGUCAUCCAACGGUAACCCCGCGUAACUCGGAUUGUUAGACGGAUAGGAUCGGAUAUUAUGUCAAGGAGGACUCGACCCGGACCCGUUCACUAGGGUGUCGCCGUGGUUCGCUGGAGGCUCAUGUGGAUUAACAAGAAUUGAUGUGUACUUUGGCGGAGCCUAAAGCUGGGACGACGGCCGGGCAGAUCGCUUCCUCCUCGGGAACUCACUGAUCAUGGUCGCCGUGGUCCGAACUCUCAUGGUACUGCUGCUCCAUCAGGUGUUGGUUGGAGGUACGUCCGGACUCAUUCCCGACACCGGCCGACGGAAACACGCCGAGUCAGGAAGACAGACGCCGGGCCAGUCGGAGAGCUUUUUGAACGAUUUUGAGCUCAGACUUUUGAACAUGUUCGGACUGAAACGGCGGCCAACGCCGAGCAAGACGGCCAUCGUGCCACAAUAUAUGCUAGAUCUGUAUCACCUGCACUCGGAAAACGGUGACCAUAGCACGAAGCGGAUGAAACACGUCAUGGCCAGACACGCGGAGACAGCCGCCAGCAGAUCCAACACUAUACGAAGUUUCCACCAUGAAGAGGCCCUAGAGGCCCUGUCCAGUCUGAAAGGCCGGACGACGCAGCAGUUCUUCUUCAACGUGAGCUUCAUCCCGUCCGGCGAGAGCGUCCACGCCGCCGAGCUCCGCCUGUUCCGAGAGCAGGUACUGGACAGCGGCCGCGGUUCCCGUGGCGACGUCGGCGUCAACGUCAACGGCAGCGCGAGCGGCCGGCAGCACCGCAUCAACGUCUACGAGGUGUUCCACCCGGCCGGGAGCAGCGGCGGCGACGGCGACGACGGAGCCGACCACCAGGAGGCGCUAGUGAGGCUCAUGGACACCCGGCUGGUGCAGGACUCCCACAGCCGCUGGGAGAGCUUCGACGUGGGCGCCGCCGUGACCAGGUGGACCUCCGGCGCCGCACCCAACCACGGACUCAUGGUGGAGGUCCUCCACCCAGAAGGGGGCGACGCCGAGACGCACGGAGACGGCGUAAACAACGAUAACAACAACAACAAAAACAGAAGCGGCGGCAGCAGAAGGAGACACGUGCGCGUGAGCCGCUCCCUGCACGGGGGGGACGAGGACUCCUGGGCUCAAGCACGCCCCCUGCUGGUCACCUACAGCCAUGACGGGCAGGGUGGCGGCGGCGCCAACAUGCGCUCGCGGCGGGACAAGCGGCAGGCGGGCGCAGGGGCGGGGGGGCGUCGGGGCGGCGGCGGCGGCGGCGGCUCCGGGGGCAAGCAGCGCAAGAAGCACCCGCGCGCCAGCUGCCGGCGCCACCCGCUCUACGUGGACUUCAGCGACGUGGGCUGGAACGAGUGGAUCGUGGCGCCGCCCGGCUACCACGCCUUCUUCUGCCACGGCGAGUGCCCGUUCCCGCUCGCCGAGCACCUCAACUCCACCAACCACGCCAUCGUGCAGACGCUGGUGAACUCGGUGAACGGGCACAUCCCGCGCGCCUGCUGCGUGCCCUCGCAGCUCAGCCCCAUCUCGCUGCUCUACCUGGACGAGUACGAGAAGGUCAUCCUCAAGAACUACCAGGACAUGGUGGUGGAGGGCUGCGGCUGUCGGUGAUGAGCACGGCCCACUUUUGCGACUCUGGGCCGAGC